UGUGUAGUAUAUAAAGAGUCACCAGUUUGAAAGUGCACAGUACAGCAAUCAGUUGAUAAAGUUCUAGUGCAAGUGUAAUUAUGGGAAGUAGCCAUUCAGCCUUAAAUUUCGGAGCCGGCCCUGCCAAACUCCCCCGAGAGGUGUUAGCCCAGGUCCAAUCCGAGCUCCUUUCCUACCAAGACAGCGGGAUGAGUCUCAUGGAAAUGAGCCAUCGUGGCAAAGAGUACACGAAAAUUAACAACGAUGCACAAAAAGCAAUCCGCGAGUUAUUGAAUGUUCCAGACAACUACAAGAUUCUCUUCAUGCAAGGGGGCGGGACCGGGGCCUUCGCCGCCGUGGCCUUGAAUCUGAUGAACCGCACCGGCGUUGCCGAUUACGCCGUGACGGGAACUUGGUCCUCGAAGGCCGCCAAAGAGGCCGCGAAGUACGGCAAAGUGAAUUUAGUGUUUCCUAAAGCCGACAAGCCUGGAAGUAUUCCGCCGGAGUCGAGCUGGACAUUGAACCCUGACGCUUCUUAUGUCUACUAUUGUGAUAAUGAGACUGUUGAUGGAGUCGAGUUUCCCUUCAUCCCGACCUCACCUCACGGCGUGCCAAUUGUCAGCGACAUGUCUUCCAGUAUUAUGACAAAAAAAAUCGACAUUUCCAAGUUCGGGUGUAUCAUCGCGGGGGCGCAGAAGAACAUCGGCCCUGCGGGCGUCACUGUUGUGAUCAUCCGGGAAGACCUCCUCGGCAACCCCAUGAAAAUCUGCCCUUCAGUAUUCGAUUUCACAAACAUUAGUCAGCAGAAUUCCGUUCAUAACACACCUGCUACCUUCUCAGUUUACGUAAUGGAGAAAGUCCUGCAAUGGAUCAAGAAAAAUGGCGGCCUUCAAGCUAUGGAAAAUCAAUCGCAAGACAAGAGUAAACUUCUCUACGAAGAAAUGGCCAACUCGAACAGUUUCUACAGUUGUCCCAUUGACGAAAACUGCAGAAGUAGGAUUAAUGUGCCCUUCAGGGUUGGGGGCCCUCAAGGCAACGAGGAAUUAGAAGCGAAAUUUUUAGAAGAAGCCGAAAAACUUAAAAUGUUCCAAUUGAAAGGUCACAGAUUAGUUGGUGGAAUUCGAGCGUCGUUAUACAACGCUGUGACGCGUGAUGAAGUUGCGCUUUUAGUUAAAUUUAUGAAAGAAUUUAGAACGCAGUUCGGUUAAAUUAAUGUCUAUUCAAAUUCCAAUGUAUUUAUUGUAUUGUAUUAAGUAUUUUUAGGAAUAAAUAUUUUUUCAAGUUA